GACACUUCCUAAUACAACUCAUGGACGAGCUCGAACCAACAAGAAUAAAAAUAAUAAAACACGCCUAUGGAAAAGUCAAUGUCUCAUCUUCCACAGACUGUACUAAUCUCAUCUCCAAGCAGAUCAAUUCCCUCGACUAUAUCUUCAACUGUGCUGGUAUAAACUCCACUACAAUACCUAUCACAGACACAACAGGCGAUUAUUUCACGAAACUCAUCGAUGUUAAUCUUCGGGGUACAUUCAACACAACCCGCGCCUGCAUCCCAUACAUGCUCUCUGGCUCCGCAAUUUUAUGACUUGAGUAUCUACGGCCUCCAAGGUUUCGCGAGGUAUUCUGUUUACUACAUGACAGAGUUCGGGAUUAUAGAGCCUACGAAGUCUUUAACGGCGGAGUUAGGACCGAUGGGGAUUUGGGUAAAUGCUGUUGCGCCGGGGCCGACGGAUACGCCCACGUUUGCGCGGAAUGUGAAAGGGGAUGAGAGGAAGGGGGAUGUAAAGCGGAUUGCGUUGGGGCAGUUGGGGAGAACAGAGGUUGCGAAUGUGGUU